AUGAUUGUAAAUAAAAUCCUUGAUAUUACAAAAGGGCUGGAAAGCACUAAACAUCCCUUAUUAGGCCCGAAUCUACGAGGCUUGUAUUUAUUCGGCCUUUGGCAAAAAGGGAAUAAAAUACGGAAUUUUUUCUUCAACAUUUUCCACGCAAUGUCUUUUAUAUUUGUUCUGACGCAGUUCUACGCUUUGUAUCAAAUGAAAGAUGAUAUUAUGCAAGUGAUCCUUAAUUUUUCGCUCACCGCCGUGAGCCUUGUUUCGAUUUCAAAGAAUUUUCGAACGAUUUUCUAUCAGACGAAAUGGAAUCGGCUCUUCUAUAAUAUAGCGAACGAGGAGCGUAAAGAAAUAGCGAAAGGGGACAAAAUAGUAUUGAAAUACAUGCGUCAUUAUACCGUCUAUUCGAGAAUAGUCACCUAUCUCUAUUGGUCAACGGCAAUAGUAACGUAUUUCGUUCUUCUAGUGUCCCCAUUUUUGAAGUACGCGGCAGAACCAGUAUACCGUGAGCUAGUUAGUAAUGGUACUGAGCCGUAUCCGCAGAUCUUGUGUUCCUGGUUUCCAUUCGACAAUACAGUAAUGCCUGGGUACAUAUAUGGCAUUAUAUGUCAUGUAAUAGUGACCACGCAGGGAGCUGGUGUUAUUGCCGUAUUUGAUAUGAACGCUGUGACAAUUAUGACGUUUUUAAAGGGACAAGUACAAAUACUGGGGUAUAAGUGUGAAAAUAUAUUUGAUGUAAGAAAAACUCUGGAUAAGAAAGAGGUUUUUGGGAACAUAAAGGAAUGUUAUCGGCUCCAUUCGUUUAUUUCAGAGUGA